AUGUGGGAAUCUAAUAUUUCAAAGUCUGCGCCAGAAGACGACGCCAAAAGUGGAAACUGCGUAUCGGUCUCUGUUGCCUUCCCAAUUACAAUGAUGGUAACGGGAAUGGUUGGAAAUUCACUGGCGUUAAUGCUGGUGUAUAUUUCCUAUAAAAAAAAGGAAAAUAAAAGAAAGAAAUCGUUCCUGCUCUGCAUUGGCUCACUGGCGUUUACGGAUCUUUUCGGACAACUUCUUACUAGUCCAAUUGUGAUAUCAGUCUAUAGGGCAGACUUAGAGUGGGAGCGCAUCGACUCCACGGGAAAGCUGUGCGCCUUUUUCGGGGUGUGCAUGACAAUGUUUGGUUUGUGUUCACUUUUCUUAGCCAGUGCAAUGGCAAUUGAAAGGUCUUUGGCUAUAACAAAUCCACACUGGUACGCUAACCACAUGAAAACAAGUUUUACAAAGCUGGCUUUGGCUGUAAUCUGGUGUCUUGUGCUGCUGUUUUCUCUGUUGCCAGUCGCAGGUGUCGGGCAGUACACGUUACAGUGGCCAGGCACCUGGUGUUUUAUUAGCACUGGGGACCGGAACAUACCAGGAAAUAUCUUAUUUUCUACGACAUUUGCUGCUCUGGGGAUAUUUUCACUACUUGUGACUUUCUCCUGCAAUGUUGUGACUAUCAGGGCGCUAGUCAUCCGUUGUCGAGCUAAGCCAGGGUCGUCGCAGUCGUCCAAGCAAUGGGAGAGGCUAACCACGGAAACUGUCAUUCAGCUGAUGGGAAUCAUGUGCGUGCUGUUCACCUGCUGGUCCCCUUUACUGAUAAUGAUGCUGAAGAUGAUAUCAACGCAGACUUCCUCACAUCACUGCAAGCCAGCCGCGUUCCCGCCCAGCCGAGAGGUCCAGAUGGACUGCAACUUUUUUCUCAUUGCCAUCCGCCUGGCAUCCUUGAACCAGAUCUUAGACCCUUGGGUUUAUUUGCUUCUGAGGGAAAUCCUAUUAAGAAAGUUUUUCCAGGUGGCGAAUGCAGUCUCCAACUGCUCCCUGGAUGGACAGAAAGAAACACAAACGGCCCUUGAUGCUCUCAACAAGCAAAUCACUGAUGCCAAUGCCCAGCCAAAACAGUGAGCUUUGGCAAGACAUUACUCUGACCAGCCUUUUUUUGUUGUUUUUUUGCAUAAGGGCCAAUUUUAUCUACCACAAAGCCUUUUGUCCUUGUGACCGAAAAGAAGCCAUUCAUUCAAGGUCAUUCGUAAUUUAUUUCUGUUGUAAUUGUAAAAGAAUUGUGAUAUUUCUAAAGAAGGCUUAAGCGGGCAAGAACUAUAUGUACUUGGAUUUUACAUUUGUACUUGGACUGAACAUUUUGUCAGGAUUGCUGUCACAAGUGCCAAGUGGCUUUAUUGCAGAUUGACAAAGACCCUUUUUCUCGUUUUGAAAGGACAACAAUCAAGGGGUAAUCCCCUUCAUUAUGCACUCAUUUACUUUCAGUUGAGUGGAGCCAGUCCAUAUUCGGGCACCAAACCAGCAGGUGAUCUGCUGAUCAGUCACCCCUGAGAGUUAUUCUGUCACAAUGAAUGUAUUUUAAGGCAUUAUGGACUAGGGGUUUCACAUCUAAAUAUUUGGCUACCAAAGAGUUUCUAUUCCCUGAUGAUUGUGAAGUAUGAAAUUGGACUCGAUGUCCGUACCAAGUGACUUUCACAAGGUGCUUCAUAGUACUAAAGGCCUCGUACUGGAGGUGACCCCAUUAACAGUGUAAGCUUAAAACUGUGAAAAACAAAAUGACCCUCCAGCGGUCUGAUGCCGAGAACUGUGGAAGUUCAGCAUUCAAGUUUGUCACCUAUAAGUUAUUUUUUAAUUGUUAUUUAUAUUAUAUUAAAUAUUAAUAUUAAAACAUAAAUUAUCUUGGCAUUGAACAACAAAUAUUUGCCAAAAUAGUUAAGUGCAACUUGGAACAGAAACAGGCUGAACUAUUUAAAGCAGCAGUAACUACGUUUUUUUUUUCCUUUUUCUUUUUUUUUGUAAGAUUUUGGGUAACAAUGUCUUAAUAAUAUCAUAAGUGGCAGCAAUCAUAGAAAGAACUGCCUUGAGAAAUCCAGCACCAAUACCUUAACAUUCUGUAUACUAAAACCAGGGGUUCCACGAGAUUGACAUUACUGUAUGUGUUCAUGUAUUCAUACACAUAGCUAGAUGCAAAUGUUUCACCGAUGGCAGAAAAGCCUCGAUUGCCAGCCAUUUGCCAAAAGGAAGAAAAGAGAAUUGGAUAGAACUUGCUCUUAAGUAAGCGGAGCAGAAUUCCGAAGGUGUUGAGAGCUUUGUGAGAGUAUGGGGUUGAAGACAGAUGCGGAGCUCACAUUUUUCUACUGGACAGGUAGGUCAUAAUUUCUAGCCACUAGUUUACCUGAAUUUUAUGCUUGCCUGCCAAUUGUACCUUCAAUUAAUUUGACCACCCAAGUAGCUUGGUAGAUAUUAUAACAAUGUUAAUUUGGCAGUUGGGUUUAGAGAUGAUAUCAAGGUGAAGUAUAACCUUGACUAGUAGGCUAACAUUACCUAGGAGAUGAAUCGCAUUACCUGAAACCAGCUAGAAUCUUGUUUGCCAAGAAGGAGUCAUAGGUCGAAACAUUAAUACGUGGGCGUGUGUGGAAACAGAGCAGGUGGGGGUCUGUAUUCUUCUCUGUGGGUAAACAGGUGUUCUCAUUUCACAAUAUGUUUUUGCAAACAUUGAAAAAGUUGCUUACUUUGGCUAUUGCUGCUUUAAAAUACAGCCUACCUUAUCUGUUAUGAGAGAGUAAAGAAAAUAAGU